AGUUUUUUUUUAACAUGAAGACAUGAAAUUUAACCUCGAUGCAUUCGCGCUCGUGUACAUGACUGCCUCUACGGCGGCCCUGUGGAUCGACUCGGACGUCGUGGACAUCCGCUCCCUCAACACGGUGACCUUGUGGGAACACACGAAAAAUGGCCGCCUGAGCCUUUUUCUGAUGAGCAAUUUCUACCUCGCGCUGCUCAUCCUCGCGUUCAGAUUCACGCAGUGGGCUGCGUUUGGAGAGCUCACCGAGCUCGAAGCGCAGAAACUGUACCAGCGUUUUGUGUAUCUCCUCUUUGACGUGUUGUUGGUGCCGAUAAUAUUCGACCCGAGCUUAGAUGUGCUGGUGAAGUGGUGCUUUUGGAUAUUGACGAUCACGGCGAUGAAGUUGCUCUGCUACCUGACGCAGCUGCGCCUCAAGAGCUUGGUCAACUAUGCGCCCAACGUGGACUGGUGGAUCUCGUUUCGCAUGAGCGCGCUACUGGUGGUUCUAUUCGUGUCCAACAUCAGCUGGAUGGCCUCCUGGUAUGAGGUCUUGAGGUCCUCCAUAGACCGCGAGUGCUGGAUUUUUGCGUUUUUUGUCGUGUUCAACUUUUAUGUUAUCAUAUUGCAGACGUUCACCAAGUACGGCAUUUACUUCACCGACGUUGCGUUCGAGGGCAACAACUGGGUCUACCGCAGCUCCUACUUUUACUACAUGACGGACCUGUCAGCCAAGUGCAUCACUUUGUUCGUGUCUUUCGUCAAUUACUCUCGCCUCCUUUGGACGACGCACUCGGACAUCUCUUAUCUCUACGUGCUCCUCAUCGUCACGCAGAUAUUGAUGCUCGUCACCAGUCUCGUCUACAAGAUCAGGGCUUACUUGAAGUACCGGAGACUCACGUCUGAGCUGGACUGCCGGUAUCCCCGACUCGACUCCUCCCAUCUUUCGGCCGACGAGAACUGCACUAUCUGCCUCUCUUCUAUGAAAGAUGCGCGGCUCCUGCCGUGCCAGCACACCUUUCACGAGUCUUGCCUCAGGUCCUGGCUCCAAUACAAUCACACGUGUCCGUCUUGUCGAUACGAGUUGAUGGCUUCCUUCAACAGGAAGUCCGUUCCUGUCGCCGCGGCACCUCCUCCGCAACCCCCUUCACUCCCCCCUACUCCUCCGCCCCUUCCGCGGGGCAGGAGGCUGCCGUCAUCUGGCUUCUGCACACUUCUCCGCAUCACUUCGCCGAGCAUGACGUUUCUGCCCCAGCUGUCUCUGGAGAUUGUCAAGGAGGGUAGUGGCAUCGCGCGCCUCUCGCACGCCUCCGGCUGAUCGCAACCCUCGGGGAAGCGAGGCGUGCGUCUUGGUUCGCCUGUUCGACGGGGUCGGAUUUUAGGGCGCGAAAAUGUCCAUAUUUUUUUUUAUUGUAUGAAUUGCCUGCAUUUUUUUUUGUCGGGGCGUGGAGCGUUUUUUUUUUA